AUGGUGAGGCUCGCCGAUUUUCAAUUCAAAGAAAAGAAUUUGACUGAAGCUGAAGACUUGGAGCCCUUGUUCGACUACAGUCGAGUUCAGCCUUUGAAGUUCACCAACCUCGACGAUGUCGAAUCGUCGCCGGAUUCGUCGAAAAAGCGGCGGAAGAAAUCGCUUUCCGUUGUUGAGAAGAAGGUUAAAGUUGAUGUGAAAGAAUUAGAAGUCGUGAAUUGCGAGGAGGAGGAGGAGGAGGAGGAGGAUUGGCUACCUCCACCGCCGAAGGUUUUGGUUGAGAAUCAGCUGGGUGAGGAUUCAACUAUCAAGGAGUUAAGGUUAAAGAGGCAAGAGUUGGUGUCAUUUGCUAAAGCAGCUGAAGAUGUGCUGCGAGAUGCAGAGGAGUCUGUGAAAAGAAAACUUGGUGAUUCAUUGGAAGCUUCAUUUGGGAGUGUGGCUGAUCAGCCAUCAAAGCUUCCUUGUGAAAGAGCUAAAAUAGUUAUUUCUAUGCAGGACAAGGAAGGACCCAAGCAAUUUCGUGUGUUCAUGGAUGACAAGUUUGAGCGCCUCUUCAAAAUGUAUGCGGAUAAAGUUAAGCUUGACACUAAAAACUUAGUAUUUUGUUUCGAUGGGGACAAAAUUGGUCCAGCAUCUACUCCUGCUAGCCUUGGAAUGGAGGACGAUGACAUUAUUGAAGUCCAUUUGAAAAGCUGACUGUGGUUGUUGCCCUGCCAGAGUGUUGACUCAGUGUGUGUUUCCUUCUGGGAGAUAGAUUGCCUGCAACUGUGAAUCUAUCUCCAGGUCUUUUGCCAUUAUCAAUGUUAUUUUUUUGUUGUGUAACAAUUUUGAUUCCUCAACUGUACAGUACCAUUCAAAUUCCUGAACAGUCUAAUUAUGGAGACAUGGUUGAAGAGAAACGAAAAAAAAAAAAAAAAAAA